AAAUUACAUUGAGAAAAAAAAACCAGCAAUUCCAUCUUGUGUGCAGGGUAGAUUUGAGAGGUAAGAAGAGAAGGAGAGAGCAAAGCAUAAUUUAAUAUCGGGGAUGCCAUUGCUCGUAUCCAAUUGUGCAAAGGCUUUCAUCCUCUCGACGCUCCCACAGUCGAAGCGAAUGUCCCAUCAUGCUCCCGGCGUCAAAACGCGCCUGAGGGGUGUCGUUUUCGACAUGGACGGCACCCUCACCGUCCCGGUGAUCGAUUUUCCGGCGAUGUACAGGGCGGUUCUGGGCGACGAGGAGUACCUGCGGCUCAAAGCGGAAAACCCUUCCGGCAUCGACAUUUUGGGCCACAUCGAAGGGUGGCCGCCUCACAAACAGCGCAAGGCCUACGACGCCAUUGCUGAGGUCGAGCGUCAGGGUCUUGAACGCCUUCAAAUCAUGCCUGGUUGUGCAGAGCUUUGUGCCAUGCUCGAUUCUAAGAAAAUAAGGAGGGGUUUGAUCACUAGGAACACGAAGUCAGCAGUUGAUUUAUUCCAUGAACGGUUUGGGAUUACAUUUUCUCCAGCAUUAAGCAGGGAAUUUCGUCCUUAUAAACCUGAUCCAGGUCCACUACUGCAUAUUUGUUCUCUUUGGGAAGUUCAACCAAAUGAAGUAAUAAUGAUUGGAGAUAGCCUUAAAGAUGAUGUGCGCUGUGGAAGGCAAGCAGGAGCCUUUACAUGCUUGCUUGAUCAAACAGGAGUAUAUGAUUCUCCCAAGUAUGCUGAUGUUGAAUUCAAACCAGAUUUCAAGGUGACUUCCCUUGAUGAAGUUCACUCAGUUCUGAAGGAAAAUUUUGAUUUGUCACCAUGAUGCCAAGGAUUGUUAUCGUGAACCAAUUUUUAUUUUUUUUGGGUUUAUGCUGAGAUUUGGAGGAGGCAUAUAUGUUGGGGGUAGCUUUAUUCCUUCACGAAACAAAAUAUCAUUAAAACUUUAGGUUAAAGGAUUUAAUGGGUGGCAUUUUAAUAAUGAUGUUGUAACUUGUCUUAUAUGGGCAUGAAUGCCAUACAAAAUUACUGUUCUAAAAUUUGAUGUCAAUAGCAAGAUACAUUGAAUUGUGCUGUGCAUGUUGCCUCUCUUUCUUGGAUUUGCGAGUUCUGUUGGAUGUUACUUCAGUUUCUUGGACUCGUGGUGUUAUGUCUGGUUUUGUGCGUAUUAAGACUUCCCAGACAGAGUUCAGUUACAAGUAUAUAUGUGAGGGAGACUUCCCAGACAGAGUUCAGUUACAAGUACAUAUGUGAUGGAAACUUAUAGUCUUACAGAGUGUAAUUGUUUCUCCUUAACCAUUUUCCAUGGGUUCGUAAUAGAAAAAAGCGUUUGUUAA